GCAAACAUGAAGGAGGUGAGACCAGUGCUGGUGUUGUUGCUGUUGACGUUGUGUGUGGUUCUUGCCACGGAAUGGGGGGAGGACUCGGACGAGUACGACCUUUAUGAGGAGGACGAUAUGUGUAUGGGAGAUAUGGACGGCAUCACGAUCAAUAACCAUAACUGCGCCCAGCACGUGCAGAAGCAUCCCAACAGUUGCUAUGACGCCCAGAUCUACGCCGUCUGCUGCCAUUCCUGUGACGUUUUCUAUCUAGAAAAUGAAGAUUCAAGACCAGGAUGCGAAUAUGGUGACCACGAUGAAGAUGAGACCUUCACUGAUGACCUUGAUGGGACCAAUUUUACAUGCAAGGACAUCACAGCAGCUGAAAGGCAUAAAUGUAGCCAGGACGGUGUAAUGAGUGCCUGUUGUGCUUCAUGCAGUCAGGUGGGGCAGCAGGUAUCUGGUGUGACGAUACUAGGAAAGAUUAAGGAAAUAUUCGAUCAUGAUGAAGAGGACUUUGAUAGCUAGCUCAAAUAGAAUGGCGAACUUCGAGAGACAAUAAUAGCAGAAAUGGCCGCCUCAAGUGUGGGGUCUCAUUCUUGUAUAUGAUGAAUUAUUUUCCCGUGGAGCAUCUAGAAUGCCAAUAAAAUAUUCAAAUGUAAAAUAUUCA